AUGGCCGGCCCGCCUGCGUACUUGGACACGAGCGAGGCUGCUGUGCACCUGGACCAGCAGUCGCGCGCGUUUGUAUGGGAAGAAGAGAACGAGGAAUGGGAAUGGAAUGGGCGUGCACCUGAUAAGGGCGAGACGUACACUACGCAAGGGAGAUGGAUCAAGGCCAUCGGUGCAGACGAGAUCAGCAAGCAGCAAGCGGCAUACAGCAUACAAGGUGUCGAUGAGAGUGUAGCACUUACAAGGGAGAUCCCUGUGGCACCCGUAUUGAAGCGGCAGCAGGGCGGAAUGAAGCGCAAGCAGGAAGCGCAGCCAGCGUCCGGCCCCACGAAAAAGACGCGGCCCAACACGGCUGUGUAUGUAAGUGACUUGCCGCUUGAUGCGGAUCGCGAAGAAAUAGCGCAGGUAUUUGCACGGUACGGUGUGCUAUUAGAGGACGAUCAAGGCGAGCCGCGCGUGAAGCUGUACCACGACUCUCAGACUGGCGCGUUCAAAGGCGAGGCGCUGGUCGUGUACUUUAAGCCUGAGAGUGUAGAGCUGGCGAUUCAGCUUCUCGACGACUCAUAUCUGCGUGCCGCCAAAGGCGUUACAAGUGGCCCGCAGAUGCACGUAGAGCGCGCCGAGUUUCGCGCCGAGCCCAGCGCCGAGGGCGAGGCUGCACAAGCUAAGCCGCGUACACUUACUGAGACGGAGAAGAAGUCGAUCCAGCGGCGCAUGAGCCGCAUGCACAACAAGAUCAACGACUGGGACUCGGGCUCUGAGGAGGAGCGCGCGGGUCCCAGCGCACAGGCGCGCACUGUCAUUUUGAAAAAAAUGUUUACGCUUGCAGAGCUAGACCAGGAUCCGACGAUGCUGCUGGACCUCAAGCAGGACGUGCGUGAAGAAUGCGAGCUGUUGGGUACAGUGACCAACGUUGUGCUGUGGGACAAGGAGCCCGAGGGCGUGAUGACGGUGCGGUUUAAAGAACCCCGCGCAGCACGCGCCGCGGCGCAGAAGAUGGAAGGGCGCUAUUUUGCGGGGCGGCGCAUCGCCGCUUUUCUUGCCGAUGGCCGCCCCAAGUUCCGGCGCACUGUAGAUGACGACGACGGAGAACAGCGCGCAGACGCAUUCGGCGAGUGGCUCGAUCGUGGGGGCGACUAG